AUGGAGAAAAAUCGAGCAUGUACGAGCCAAGAACCGCAAAAGAACCCUCAAGAUUCCUCUUCACCAUCCAACGAGACAGAGAUAUCUAUCUCCGACGUUCCUAUACCUCCGGCGAAGAAGAUUAGAACUACGAGUAUGAGCCAAGAACAGAGAGUGACCCCUCGAGAUUCUUCUUUCUCACCAUCCAACGAAACAGAGAAAUCUAUCUCCGACGUUACUACAUCUCCGGCGAAUAAGAUUGGUACUACGAGUAUGAGCCAAGAACAGAGAGAGACCACUCAAGACUCUUCUUUCUCACCACCCAACGAAACAGAGAUGUCUAUCUCCGACGUUCUUAUAUCUCCGGCGAAGAAUAAUUGUACGGAACAGAGAGAGAUCUCUAAAGAGUCUUCUUCCUCACCAUCCAACGGAACAGAGAUGAUUAUCUCCGACGUUCCUACAUCUCCGGCGAAGAAUAUUGGUUCGAAUACGAGCCAAGAACAGAGAGAGACCACUCAAGACUCAUCUAAGGAAACAGAGUUGGUUCUCUUCGGCGUUUCCAUGACUCCGGGGAAAAAGAGUCGGACGAAAAUGAGGCAAGAACAGCGAGAGACCUUUCAAGAGCCUUCUCUCUUACCAUCCAAGGAAACGAAGUUGGUUCUCUUUGGCGUUAUGAUAUCUCCAGUGAAGCAAGAACAGAGAGAGAUUCAUCGAGCGUAUCUUUUCUUGGCAUCUAAGGAAAUGAAGAUGCCACUCACCGGCAUUUCUAUAUCUCCGGCGAAGAGUAUGAGCCAAGAACCGCGAGAGAUCCCUAACGAGUACCUUUUGUUCCCAUCUAAGGAAACGGAGAUGGACAUGUCUCUCUCCUCUGCAUCUCCGAUGGACAUAGAUGAAGACUUGAAGAAGACUGGUUCCUUGGAAGACACCGAAAAAGGUUUCGUCUCCACGAAUCUAUGUUUGUACGACGAGACAUGGCUUCCUGGAAACCCUAGUUACCCUAAGGUUACUUGUGCUCCAAGAGAUGAUGAAUUUACUAAACAACAAGCAAGAAAGAUGAAGGAGAUGAGGUUUCUAUCGAAAGAGCAACGAGAAGAGGAGAAGCUAUACGGAGUUACAACGGAACUAACUCUUUUCACUGAUCCAUGGAUCAUAAAGAAGGAAAUGAAGAUAACAGAUAUACGUAUUCAACUUUCUCUGAGCAAACCCAUCGUUGAGAGCUACAUUCUGAAAUAUCUCUCUGAAGAUGACCAAAAGAACAAAUUCCGACAAGGCAGUAGUGAAGUGACGGUUAAUGUGUACGACACCGACACGCACACUACGCACAAGAUGCUUCUGAGAUCGGGAAUGAACCGUUACUGUCUAAAGAAAAGCUGGCGCAGUGAUUUUGUCAACAGGAGAGGUUUGAAGAUAGGAGACGAGGUUGGAUUCUUCUGGGAUCAUUCUCGUUCUACGCUUAAUUUUCGGGUGCUUUCUCGUGCAAUCACAGACGAACUUAAGCUCUAG